AUGUUCGGCAACUCCUCUGAGCAUACUACUGAGUCGGCCAAGUUUCAUAGGAUACCCACAGCGGUUUGGGUGGGACUGGCUGAUGGCAGUCGCUGUAGCAUCACGGAGAUGAUUGCGGUUGUCGUGACCGUGAGAAAGCCUUUGGAGGCGUCGCUCGGUCCAGUCAACGUCUCUGUCCUCCCAAACCAUGAGCGAAACAGCGAGACAUGUAUGCUGAUUGGACGCGACCUCGGAGCAGCCUUGGGCCUCUGCUUGGACCUGGGUGCAGGUGUUGUUCGCAGCGCUGAGAAAUCAGCCGACGAACCUAUCGUGGACAACUCCGAUUUCGUUCGGUAUGUUGAUCAACUCAGUGCCACUACUGCUGCCCAGCCCAGACUUGUCGAUGCAUGCACGACGGAAUAUCUAACGCCAUCCUUGCCUGAAGAUCUAUCCAAGAAGGUCAAGGCCUUGAUAAACCGUUCGGUCGCGGAGGGCUUUUUCCAAGAGCCAACCUUGCCAGGGUAUCGACUUGCUUUUCGUAACCUCAGUAAAGAGGACAAACCGGACUGUGUCGAACAGGUGGCGGCCCUCUUCGUAGAUCUCCCGGAUACUCCAAUAGCCACUGCCAAAAGCCGUCUAUAUGCACUGCAUGCCUACAAGAAGCUCGCAGAGGGCCAGAAAUCAGUGUACAGCAAGCUCAUCGAGGCAUACGUGGCGAGAGGUUUCUGGCGGCCUGUGUCCGGUGACGAGGUCACUUCAACUAGGAUCACUUUGCCGCCGUGUCCAUGCUUCGUCACGAACUGGGAACGAAAGCCUAGGGUGGUGCUGGACUGUAGACCGGUUAACCAAGCUUUAGGCAAAGUUUCAAGUCCACGGGUCAUCCCCUGGACUCUGAUCCUCGCGAUGCGUUUGCAGGGAGAUGUUGUGCUGCUACAAGGCGACUGCGAGGCCGCAUUUUACAAAUGCAGGCUCUUGCGUCAUACUGUGUUGAUUCAGGCGGCUACUGGUCUCUUUGAGUGUCUGAGAGUGAGCUUUGGCCUCCAUUUCGGCCCUGGGUCUUUGACGACAGGGAUUCACCGGAUUGAGACUAGCAUCCGCAACGUGCUGACUGAGCUGUGGCCCUUAGUCAACAUGGUGAUCCGGUGGUAUGUGGACGACCUCGUCAUGUCGGCAGACGAUGUGGCGAUAGCAGUCGCAGGGUUUGCUAUGGUCAUCUAUGCUCUACUGCUCCUCGGUUUCAGCGCACAGAUGGCGAAGGUGGCCGCCCUGGUCCAUUCCUCAGUGGUCAACCAGUUCAAGGAGGCGUGUCGUCAAUACGGCGUUCAGCUUCCGGUGAAGGAGCGGGUUGAGAUUCUUGGCCUCACAGCUUCCUUCGACGACAACCACCUAGUUCUCGACUGCAAUCGACAGUCUCGGUGGUCUGUAGUUGAGGCAUUUCUCGAGUGUCGCUCACCGACAAACGUCUGGCCUUCCAAGCGGCUGGCGCGGCUGCCUUGGGGUACGGAGUACGACAUCGGCAAGCUGUCCGACCAUUUGAGAGAAGCGUACUGUGCCAUACUUGACUGGCUGAGGGAGCUCACUCCCGCUGAUAAAUGUAUGCACCGGUCGCUACUGAGAUCCUGCAAGAGCGAACCGGCUCGGAUAGUGCUCAAGUCGGCGACUGUGGUACAUUCGAAUUGGGUAGUGCGGCAUGGCGGUGGACUGCGAGAUCCAGCUGUUGGCACAUCAAGUCCCGAUCGAGCCGUUCUGGUUAUACGGACGGACAACGCCGCUUGUGCUCGGUGGGCCAACGACGUCAAGGUAUCUCGUGCACUGGAAGCACGGGCACUGCAGAGACUGGCGGCAGCAAUUCGGGCUGAGAUCGUGCUGAUCAAAGCCCAUGGGGUAGAAGUCAGUAUGCGGCAUCUCCCCGGAGUCUUAAACGUACGAGCCGACAGGCUUUCGAGAGCUCUGGAGCGUAAGACCAGGGGUGGGUCUCAGCUAGGGCGGCUCAUGCAAGACCAUCUCGACCCACCGGUGCGAGUCGCUCAGGAACUGGACGAUUUUGUCUGCCGUCUGGGUGAGCUGCCAGUUGCCAAGAGGGUCGACGUCCCCCAGUUUGAGCCUAUCGGUCAGCCUUUCGACCGAGUCUGUCAGUUACAGGAAUGUGAUACCCCGGUCGAGACACAUUCCGUUGGCCUGGCCGACACCGUGGCUUCUCGGAGCUGGGAUGUCGACUGCGCUCUGCAUGGAUGGAAGACGCUCCGCUUUGCCUUUCAGGCGUGGUCGGGAUCAGUGGCUAUACCGUCGGACUAUCCCACGGCCUACAGUGACGAGGAUGUCUGGUCUUUCAUACGAUCCUUACAGCGGUCAUCGCGUGCCGCGGUAGUGGAUGGUGCGGAGAACCGGAAGCUACCUACCAAAUUCCAUGUCGAUAAGGAUGGCACACUUUUCUACAAGUGCGUGGGCGCGGAUGGCAAGCUGUUCCUCGCCUUUUACGUGCCCAGUGAUUGUAACUUUACACGCCGGCUACUGGCGCGGGUCUACCAUAAGGCCGGUGCACACUGCAGUGCCCAGGCGACCGUUGAACGUGCUAUUGAGGCGGGGUUUUUUACCCCCAGGCUCCGACAAGUGGUCACCAACGAGAUGGCGACAUGUGUGAGAUGCCAGGUCUUGAGCAGUAGGCGCGAAUGGGCGGUCACUCCCGGCCAAGCGGGGGGAGGCCCGGGAUUCGAUCUGUACAGGCUGGCCCUCGAAACCCCCGAGCCCUACCUCUGGGUUGGCAUCGACGUCCUAUCCCUUGGGCCCUUCAAGUGCCUGACGUGCGUUUGCCUCCUUACGAAACACGCCUGCUGGAUCGCGCUGGGUGGCGGCCAGACGGCUGAAGAACUGCUUGAGGCGACUGAGAGGGUCGCUCGCCGGCAAGGCGGUUGCAGGUUCCGGACCCAAGAGCCCCUUGGGCCGGCGGGUUCGAAACUCAUCACCGGAUCGGGCUCAAAGCAGCACGAGUCUUGUUUCACGGCUACAGACUUCUGCGACGAGGUGUGCAGUAUCAUCAACUCGCGUCCUUUGACUAGCGGCGACGUCACCCAGGACGCUCGGGUAGUCGCACUCACCCCGAACUCUUUGCGAUUCGGCUAUUCAUUGAGAGGUCCCACUCUGGUCGGUGCUAGACUUAGAGUCCUGCUGUCACACGCCGAUGGCUUCCGGGAUUAUCAUUGGGGUACCAUCUUGGUUGAUCGAAGCGAAGAUGAUCGUGUACUCAUCGUGUGGGACGUUGCAGAUGAAGGUGUGUCCGCCCGUGAAUGGCUAGCUCUCUCUCAAGAGACUUGGGACUACGGGGAGGGGCAUGUCACGCCUGAUGACCAGCCGUGA